AUGACCAACACUAUCGUUGUCGUUGGUGCUGGUGUUUCUGGCUUGACAUCUGCCUACCUUCUCUCCAAGACCAAAGGCAACAAGAUCACAGUCGUAGGCAAGCAUAUGCCUGGUGACUAUGACAUUGAAUAUGCCUCGCCCUUUGCCGGCGCCAACAUCUGCCCAAUGGCUACACAAGAAAACAGCAGGUGGGAACGACGAACGUGGAUAGAAUUCAAGAAAUUAUGCGAGCAAGUCCCCGAGGCGGGCAUUCACUUCCAGAAAUGCCAUAUUCAAAGACGCAAGAAAGAUGCCGAGGCCGCAGAGCACACCACUUUCCCUGACGCCCUCUUCAUGGAAGAACCAUGGUAUAAGGAAAUCUUUGAGGACUUCCGAGAGCAUAACCCCGAUGAAGUCACCCCCGGUUACGACUCAGGCUGCGAAUUCACCUCCGUCUGCAUCAACACCGCUAUUUACCUCCCCUGGCUGGUGGGCCAAUGCCUCAAGAACGGCGUCGUCUUCAAACGAGCUGUCCUGGCCGAUAUCAACGAGGCCAAAAAGCUGAGCCACACGGGCAGCGUCCCCAACAUCAUCGUCAACGCCACAGGUCUAGGCUCCCUCAAGCUCGGCGGUGUCAAGGAUGAGACCAUGGCGCCUGCGCGCGGACAGAUCGUCGUGGUGCGCAACGAGAGCAGUCCCAUGCUGAUCACCUCUGGGGUCGAGGACGGCGGCAGCGAUGUCAUGUACCUGAUGAUGCGCGCAGCCGGCGGCGGUACAAUUCUGGGUGGAACCUACGAUAUUGGCAACUGGGAGUCGCAGCCAGAUCCCAACAUUGCGCAGCGCAUCAUGCAGCGCAUUGUUACAACACGCCCUGAGAUUGCGGACGGCAAGGGCGUCAAGGGAUUGAGCGUUAUUCGUCACGCUGUUGGACUGCGACCUUGGAGGAAGGAUGGUCUUCGUCUUGAGGAGGAGAAAUUGGAUGACGAGACGUGGAUUGUGCACAACUACGGUCAUUCAGGAUGGGGAUAUCAAGGAUCUUAUGGUUGUGCUGAGGGCGUGGUUGAAUUGGUUGACAAAGUCGGCAAGGGCGCUAAAUCGAAGCUGUAG